AUGUCGUCGAUUCUCUCAUUUGUUGGAUGGGCGGUGCUUCCAAACUAUGUCACCUCCCUGGUCCAAAGCGUCUACUAUGGACUCACGAUCCGCGCGGGGGAUCCUCGACCGCAGCCCCCCUCCCCGCGCUACGCGCGCCAUCGCCGUCGCAUCUUCAUCCUAGUCGUGACCGGCUACCUCCUCUACACCCUCUAUGAGUCCUUCCACCGCGUCCAGGUCGCCGGCGACUUCUACAAAGCCCUGGGUGUAUCUCCUCUGGCCGAUGACCGGACAAUCAAGUCGCGGUUCCGCCGACUCGCGGCGCAGCACCACCCGGACAAGAUCACGCAAGGGGAAGGUCUUCCAGCCGACAACUACUUCGUGUACUUGAAGCUGGCGCAGGAUACGCUGCUGGACCCUGCGAAGCGGUUCGCGUAUGACCGAUUCGGGCCCGACGUUCUGGGCUGGGGAGAUCGCCACAAAACGAUGCAGGACUUUCUGAUGACGGGGCUGCAGCGGUCUCUGCUGCCGUAUGUGGGCGGGUUCGUUACGAUCAUCUUCUUGAAUUUUACCUGGUGGGCGAGCUGGGGUCGCUAUUGGCGCUUCUUCACCUUCGGAGCCCUGCUCACUCUCGAGCUGACUCUGAUCACCCACCCGGGGGCCCUGUUCAUUCCCUCAAACUACAUCCCCCCUGCUCUACGUGACCUACUCGGCAUCUCCGCCGCGAACCCGAGUUUCUAUCUCCUGCCGUUCCAGAUUCUCACCCUCGCGCAACGCGCCUCGGUAACGCUACAUAUCUUCAUUUCGCAGGUGACACCCCCCGAAAUAAGCCAGAAGCCCUCCGGAACAGGUGACCGUCUCUCUCCGCAGACGAUGCAGAAACUCGCACAACUGCUGCAACUCUCGCGCACGACGGACGGCGAAGCUACUCGCCUCUUGCAGCUGGGGUUUGCGCCGUUUCGUGGUGACCGCGAGGGCGUGGCGACUCUGCGCAAGGGCAUGAAAGAGGGGUUGGUGCUGAGCAGCGUGCGGGCUAGUCCUGGGGUUCAGACGGCUGUUGGGGAGGUUGUUGAGCGGAAGAUGCGCGAGAAGAAGGGAGAGUGA